AUGGCUCGUGGAGAGGGUAAAGGUGAAAGUAUGGCCAAACUGGCCAAUCGGAUUGCUGCCGUCAAAUACACGCUGUUCUGCUUCAACAUCGUGGCGUGGAUCAUCGGAGCGGGACUGUUUGCCUUCACGAUCUACAUCCGGGCCGAGCCGGGCUUCGACGAGUGGAUUGCCCUGCUGGACAUCUACCAGUACUACAUCGGUGUGUACAUCCUGAUCGGAGCCGGAGCACUGGUCAUGAUUUUCUCCUUCCUCGGUUGCUGCAGUGCCUUGAUGGAACACUCGGUCGCCCUGUACGCGUUCAUCGCUACCCAGGUGUUCCUGUUUAUUGUGACCGUGGCUGGAUCGGCCAUUAUUCUAGACUUCUCCACCGUGAACUCCAGCAUCCAGCCGUUGAUUCGUCAAACCAUGAUUCGCUUCAUUAUGACCUCGGAGGACCCACGUUCGGCUGCCGCACUCAAGCUGAUCCAGGAAAAUAUCGGGUGCUGCGGAGCGGACGGUCCCAACGACUACAUGGUCCUACGUCAGCCCCUUCCGCUGGAGUGCCGUGACACCGUCACCGGGAAUGCCUUCUUCCACGGUUGCGUCGACGAGUUGACUUGGUUCCUGGAGGACAAAUCCAUCUGGGCCGCCAUUAUGGCCAUGAUCCUGUCGGCAAUUCACACCGCCAACGUUGUCCUGGGUGUAGUUUUGGUGCAGGCCCUGAAACGUGAGGAGGAAGCCAUGUACAGACGCUAA